AUGCGGCUGAACCUUGUCCGAGGCUGUCGGCCGCAGAAUCUUUGUUCAUCCAAAUCCCGUCUUGCAUCACGAGGAUAUGCCUUCCAGGCCUCUGGCAGCCCCAUCCCAAGCGUCUUCAACCGCCGCACCAAAUGGCUGCAAAAGGAGCGGGCAGCCUCAAACCCCGAGCUCAGCAGGCAGGCCGACUACCUCAAAGAUGAGGUGGCCAUGAGGGUUUGCGAGCGUCUUCUUGACAUCAAGCGGCCCUUCGCGCGUGUCCUCGAUCUCGGCGCCAACUCGUGCAACAUUGCACGGGCCCUAACGCGAGAAAACCCCGACCCGGACCCGUCCAGGCCCGAGUCCCCUCCACUGGCCGUGACCUCACAGAUCGAGGAGCUCGUCGCCGCCGAGUCGUCGGCCUCGCUGCUCCACCGGGACGCCGACCUCCCCUUCAACACCUGCCUGCCCAGCCUCAAGCUGACCCGCCAUGUGCUAAGCGACGAGGAAACACUCCCCUUCGAGGGAUCCUCGUUCGAUCUGGUGCUGAGCAGCCUGUCGAUGCACUGGAUCAACGACCUGCCCGGAGUCCUGGCGCAGAUCAACCACGUGCUGCGGCCCGACCGGCCGUUCAUCGGGGCCAUGCUGGGCGGGGACACGCUGUUUGAGCUGCGCACGUCGCUUCAGCUGGCCGAGCAGGAACGGCGGGGGGGCAUCUCCCCCCACGUGUCCCCGCUGGCCGACGUGCGCGACGUGGGCGGCUUACUGCAGCGCGCCGGCUUCCAGAUGCUGACUGUCGACGUCGAGGACAUUGUGGUCGACUACCCGGACACGUUUGCGCUCAUGCAGGACCUGCAGGCCAUGGGCGAGGGGAACGCGGUUUUGGGCAGGGAGAUGGGGGGUAUUGGUAGGGAUGUGUUGCUCGCGAACGAGGGCAUUUAUAGGGCGUUGCACGGCAAUGAGGACGGGAGUAUCCCGGCGACUUUCAGGGUGAUUCACAUGAUUGGGUGGAAGGCGGGUGGAAACCAGCCGAAGCCGUUGAAACGAGGGAGUGGGGAGGUGAAUUUGAAGGAUAUUUUGGAGCAAAAGUAG